AGUCGCGACGCGUCGUCAAAGUAACGCGGUAAUGUUCCGUCAUAAUAAUGUUCAGUCAUCAUCGAGAACUCAGAAGUAACGGUAUAUCUGCUGCUUGAUUCACAUAGUGUUAUGAUAUUGGAGUACGAUUCUCGACGAGAUAUAUUAAGUUGCGACUAAAAGAGUAAAUAGCGCAGAUUAUUAAUUGGAAAGCCAAUAUAUAAAUAUUCUAGACGAGAGUUACAGACAAGCACUGUUUACAAACAUGCUACGCGUUCUAAUUCUAAUCGCCACUUUUGUUGCAGUAAAAGGCGACAAUUGCGUGCCAAAACUGGUUGAAAAAGAUAAGAUCGUGUGUGUCUGCAACUCGACCUAUUGCGAUUCACCAGAACAGAGCACGCUUAAUGAAAAUCAAUUUGCAUGGUACAUGUCCACCAAGGAUGGAAAGAGAAUGCAACUGUCCGUCAGCAAUUUUACUAACACUUCUACCGGCAGGAUUCUCACUGUAGACAAGAAUAAGACGUAUCAAACGAUAUUUGGAUUUGGUGGCGCGAUGACCGACGCCGCCGCACUUAAUAUUAGAUCGCUCAGCAACAGCACGCAGCAGAACUUGCUCGAAGCGUAUUACGGCGCCAACGGUAUCGGGUAUACUGUCAUUCGCAUACCCAUCGCAGGUACUGAUUUUUCGGUAAAACCAUACACAUACGACGACGUACCGGGUGACAUUAAGUUAAACAAUUUUUCACUUGUGGAAGAAGACGAUUACAAAAUCGAAUAUCUUCACAAUAUAAAAAAAAUCAUGCCUGAAAAUGACAUUCUAAAAAUAUUUACUACUGCAUGGUCUGCCCCAGCGUGGAUGAAAACGACCAACGAAACAAAAUGGGGUACUCUGAAGGAAGAGUACUAUCAGCUUUACGCUGAGUAUUGGAAAAAGUUCUUUGACGCGUACAAAACACGUGGUAUAGAUAUUUGGGGCGUAACACCAGGCAAUGAACCGUUUGAUGGAUUUGUGCCAUUCUUCUCAUUCAAUUCAAUGGGAUGGACACCAAUAAGUGGAGCAAAGUGGACAGUGGAUUACUUAAACUCAACUUUAUCCAAGGCCGGAUACAAUCCCGUCUAUAUGUUGAUGGACGAUCAACGUUUCGCAUUGCCGUGGUUCGUCGAUCUUGCGUUCAAAUCCGAACCUCGUGCUGAGACAUUGUUUAACGGCAUUGCAUACCAUUGGUACUUUAAUAAUAUUUUCUCGCCACGAAGACUCACUGAUACACACGACAAAUAUCCAAACAAGUUCAUACUUAUGACAGAGGCUUGUGAAGGUAGUCAGUCCUUCAAAAAUGAAAAAGUGAUAUUAGGAUCGUGGGAACGAGGAAACAAAUAUAUCCUAGAUAUAAUUGAUAACUUAAACCAUUGGGUGGUUGGAUGGAUAGACUGGAACAUUGCUCUUGACAUGCAAGGCGGACCAAAUUGGGCUAAAAAUUAUGUAGAUUCACCGAUUAUCAUAAACGCUACAAACGACGAGUUUUACAAAGAGCCCAUGUUUUACGCGCUUGCUCACGUUAGCAAAUUUGUGCCGCGUGGUUCUAUCAGAAUUUCUGCCGAAGGAAUAGAGGAUGAAUUAAUUAAAACGGUUGCCUUUUUGACGCCGGAAAACAAAAUCGUUGUUCCAGUCGUCAACAAAGGAGACGAGCCUUUUGAUAUAACAAUCAAAGACAAGAGCACAAAUAAUAUGCUAAAGUUACGAUUACCUCCAAACUCCUUCAAUACAAUAUUAUACUUGUCGCAAUAAGACAAUAUCUAUCUCUACAAGGUUUAUCGUCUUUCAUCUUAUAAGAUGAAAAGUUGUGUUCUAAAACUGCUGUGUCUAAUAUCUGCUACUAAUGAAUGAUUUUUUUUAUAGGAAACAGACGGAUAUAUUUAUAUCGACUGAAUUUACAGAUGUUACUUAUAGAAAAAAUUUAUUCAUAUAUUUCAAUUUUAUUGUUAUAUAUUUAUAUGUAUUUAAUACACGCAUCUUCAAUUAUGGAUAA